AAUGGAAAAGCAUCUUUCUGAGCGUUACGAUAGAGGCUUUUAUCUACGAUCAACCAAAGCUUGUUGGCAGAUAACCGUUCCCGAUGGAGAUGUAAUAGAAGUGAAAGUAUUGGAUAGUAGACUGCAAGGAGAUUCUAAUUGCGAAACUGAUUAUGGUAGUAUACACGACGGCCUAACGUCGUCUUCUACUGAAUUGAAGAAAUGGUGUGGUACGGAGGAGAAUUUUGUCGUUAAAACAUCGGGUCGUUUCGCUGUUAUCUUUUUCACUUCGAAUUUUGAUUUCUUGGUCUACAGAGGUUUUCACUUCGAGUGUAAUAUCGUAACACAGUCAAAGUCAGCAUCAUCAGAUUCUACAAUCAGUACGCGUCUUCUUGUUAUAAUUGGAAUUGGAGUUGUAGCAGGUUUAAUAUUUCUCUUAGUAUGUUGGUAUUGCUGCUGUAGAGCAAAGCCAGUGCAACCAAUACAAGUAGUUGCCCAACCACCUCCACAAAACCGUGUAGUGAAUAUAGUUAAUUAA